AUGACUUUUUUCUUCUUUAUUUCUCUUUCAUUUUUUCUUACUUUUUUCUUUUAUUUUACUUACAUUUCCUUGUUUUCGUCAUUUCUGGAUUUUUUUAUUUCAUUUUCCUAUAUUUCUGUCUCUUUCUUUCUUUCUUUCUUUCUUAAUCUUUUUCCUUGUUUUUCUUUCGUUAACUCUUUGUCUUCAUCUUUUCUUUCCUUUUUUUUACUAAAGUUCCUUUUUUUUACUUUCUCUCCAUCUUUUUCUUUCUUUCUUUUUUUCUUUCUAUCCAUCAUUUUGUUUCCUACAAUAUUUUGUUUUUCUUUGUUUUCCAUCUUUUUUUCUUUUUUCCUUCUUCUUGCCUUGUUUUUUUCUUUUUUUGCUCCAUUUUUCUUUAUUUUUCUUACUUUAUUUUUUCUUUGUUUUCUCUAUUCACUCCAUUUUCUUUUAUUUUUCUUUCUUUCCAUCUUUUGUCUUGUUUUUCUUUAUUUCCUUCUUAACUGUUUUUCAUUCGUUGUUAUUCUUCCUUUUGUUCUUUUGUCUGGUUUUCUUUCUUGUCUGCUUUUCUUCAUUGUUAUUUUUUUUCUUUUUUCCUUCUCUUUAUUUAUGUUUCUUUCAUUCAUUUCCGUUGAUUUUGGUUUCUUUCUUUCAAUUUUAUUUCCUUUUUGCAUUUUCAUUUUUCAUUCGUCUUACUUUUUUCAUUUGUUAUACGUUAUUCUGCUUAUCUCAUUUUUUUCUUCUUUCAUUUGA